AAAACAAAAGCAGCUUAAAGUUUCAGAUCGGUUUGUCUUCUGCAGUUCACCAACAAAGCACGCCCAUAUUUUCAACCAGCCAUAGAAGAAAAACUCAACCAAGAUGUUUGUUCUCGCUUAGCCUACCGGAAGUCUAAGAGAAAUUCAGGGUCAAAAUUAGAUGAGCUCAUCCCUAAUCCAUUCUCAGACAGCGGAGUCGUAAUACGUGAAAGCAAUUGAUUGGUAAAUAGGAGAAGAAAUUUCAAGUCAAAUGCCGGAAGAGGAUUUAGUUGAUAUAAAGUUUAGGCUUUACGAUGGGUCCGAUAUUGGGCCGUUCCGGUACUCAUCGGCAUCAACGGUGGAUAUGCUUAAGCAGAGAAUUGUAUCCGAUUGGCCCAAAGGUAAGACCGUUAGUCCAAAGGCAGUGAAUGAAGUGAAAUUGAUUAGCUCUGGUAAAAUUUUAGAUAACAACAAAACUGUUGGCCAGUGUAGAACACCUUUUGCUGAAGUUGCUGGGGGAAUCAUCAUAAUGCAUGUUGUUGUACAGCCGUCUCUAGCAAAAAUGAAAACAGAAAAGAAGAUUGAAAAUUCUCCCAAGAAACUUGUGUGUUCAUGUUCCAUUUUAUGAAGGCAACUAUGUACAUAUCUGGGAAUGCUUUAGGUACAGUAAUUGUUUUCCUUGAACAUCCCAUGUUGGAUGUUUCAGUAUUCAUGUGCACAAGUGUCAAAGAAGUGCUGAUGUGUUUAUAUUUUCUUAAACCCGCCUCCUUGCCUAGGUUUGUUUUUUCAAGACCUUAAUGCUUUGUCGCAGUAACAGAAAGCUGUAUAGUCCCAUUGAUGUAAGGACACGUUCCACAAUCAAAAUUCAAAGAUAAAAACCCGCGUGUUAAUGAUGUUA